AUGAGCACCUACGAUUGCUGGCUGGUUGGACGAGAGUUCUGUCUGGAUCAGACAUCUCUACAAGUGGACAUUGUUCCAAGCCAGGGGGAGAUCAGUGUUGGAGAAUCUAAGUUCUUCUUAUGUCAAGUGGCAGGGGAGGCCAAAUAUAAAGACAUUUCCUGGUUUUCACCUAAUGGUGAGAAGCUGACGCCGAACCAACAACGCAUCUCGGUGGUGCGAAAUGAUGACUUCUCCUCUACCCUCACCAUCUACAAUGCCAACAUUGAUGAUGCUGGCAUCUAUAAAUGUGUUGUCAGUAGCGCGGAGGAGGGAGACUCGGAAGCCACCGUCAAUGUGAAAAUUUUCCAAAAGCUGAUGUUCAAGAAUGCUCCCACUCCUCAGGAAUUCAAGGAAGGGGAUGAUGCCGUCAUUGUGUGUGAUGUGGUCAGCUCACUGCCUCCUACCAUCAUCUGGAAGCACAAAGGCAGGGAUGUUAUCCUGAAAAAAGAUGUUCGAUUUAUAGUCCUGUCAAACAACUACCUGCAGAUCCGGGGAAUCAAGAAAACAGAUGAAGGGACCUACCGGUGCGAGGGCCGGAUCUUGGCUCGUGGGGAGAUCAACUUCAAAGAUAUUCAGGUCGUCGUAAAUGUACCUCCUUCUGUGCGUGCCAGGCAGAGCACUAUGAAUGCCACUGCCAACCUCAGCCAGUCUGUCACCUUAGCAUGUGAUGCUGAUGGCUUUCCUGAGCCGACCGUGACGUGGACGAAGGAUGGAGAGCCAAUAGAAGAGGCUGAUGAUGAAGAGAAAUACAGUUUUAACUACGAUGGGUCUGAGCUCGUCAUCAAGAAGGUGGAUAAGAGUGACGAAGCAGAAUACAUCUGCAUCGCUGAGAACAAGGCUGGCGAGCAGGAUGCCACCAUUCAUCUCAAAGUCUUUGCAAAACCAAAAAUCACGUAUGUGGAGAAUAAAACAGCCAUGGAGCUGGAGGAUCAGAUUACACUGACCUGUGAGGCAUCUGGGGACCCAAUCCCUUCCAUCACUUGGAGAACUUCCACCCGGAACAUCAGCAAUGAAGAGAAGACCCUGGAUGGGCGCAUCAUAGUACGUAGCCAUGCCCGGGUGUCGUCCCUGACUCUCAAAGAAAUUCAGUACACGGAUGCCGGAGAAUAUGUAUGCACAGCCAGCAACACCAUCGGGCAGGACUCCCAAGCCAUGUACCUUGAAGUGCAGUAUGCUCCCAAGCUUCAGGGCGCUGUGACUGUCUAUACCUGGGAGGGGAAUCAAGCGAACAUCACCUGUGAGGUGUUUGCUUACCCGAGUGCAGUCAUCUCCUGGUUCCGGGAUGGACAGCUGCUUCCCAGCUCGAACUACAGCAACAUCAAGAUCUACAACACUCCAACCGCAAGCUACCUGGAGGUGACACCAGACUCUGAAAAUGACUUUGGAAACUAUAACUGCACUGCUGUGAACCGCAUUGGCCAGGAGUCCGCAGAGUUCAUUCUUGUGCAGGCAGAUACCCCGUCCUCUCCUUCCAUUGACAGAGUGGAGCCCUAUUCCAGUACUGCCCAGGUGGAGUUUGAUGAGCCUGAAGCUACCGGUGGGGUACCCAUCCUCAAGUACAAAGCAGAGUGGAGGGCACUGGGCGAGGGGGAAUGGCAUUCAAGGUUGUAUGAUGCAAAAGAAGCCAACGUGGAGGGCAUGAUCACUAUCACUGGCCUGAAACCUGAGACAACCUACUCGGUGAGACUGUCCGCGGUCAAUGGCAAGGGCGUGGGUGAGAUUAGCCUGCCGUCCGACUUCAAGACACAACCAGUUCGGGAACCCAGCGCACCCAAACUGGAAGGUCAGAUGGGAGAAGAUGGAAACUCCAUUAAAGUGAAUGUAAUCAAGCAGGAUGAUGGUGGCUCCCCGAUUAGACAUUAUCUGAUCAAAUACAAAGCUAAGCAUUCCUCAGAAUGGAAACCAGAGAUCAGACUUCCGUCUGGCAGUGACCACGUCAUGCUCAAGGCCCUGGACUGGAAUGCGGAGUAUGAGGUUUAUGUGAUCGCUGAAAACCAGCAAGGGAAGUCCAAGCCAGCUCACUUUGCUUUCCGAACUUCUGCUCAGCCCACUGUCAUCCCAGCCAGCACUAGCCCUACAUCAGGCCUUGGGACUGCUGCCAUCAUAGGCAUUCUCAUUGUUAUCUUUGUGCUGCUGCUGGUGGCUGUGGAUGUCACCUGCUACUUCCUGAACAAGUGUGGCCUGCUGAUGUGCAUUGCUGUCAACUUGUGCGGCAAAUCCGGCCCAGGAGCCAAGGGCAAGGACAUGGAGGAGGGCAAAGCCGCCUUCUCGAAAGAUGAGUCCAAGGAGCCUAUUGUGGAGGUGCGGACCGAAGAGGAACGAACCCCCAACCAUGAUGGGGGAAAACACACAGAGCCCAACGAGACCACCCCGCUGACGGAGCCAGAGCACCCUGCUGAUACUGCAGCUACUGUUGAGGACGUGCUGCCUUCUGUAACUACGGGCACCACUAACUCUGACACUAUCACUGAAACCUUUGCCACUGCUCAGAACAGCCCCACCAGCGAGACCACUACGCUGACCUCCAGCGCUGCCCUGCCAGCCACGGCCGUUCCUGACUCAAACUCCAUGUCGCCCGGCCAGGCUACUCCAGCCAAAGCGGCAGCCGCCUCAGUCUCUUCACCACCCUCCUCCCCCCCUAAAGUGGCCCCCCUCGUUGAUCUCAGCGAUACCCCAAGCUCUACUCCAGUUACUAAUAAUUUGUCUUCAAGUGUCCUGUCCAACCAAGGUGCAGUGCUCAGCCCCAGCACUAUUGCUAACGUGGCCGAGACCUCCAAAGUGACAGCUGGCAACAAGCCAGCUGCCCCAAGCCCCGCAAACCUCACUAGCCCUCCAGCUCCUUCAGAGCCCAAGCAGGAGAUCUCAAGCACCAAGAGCCCUGAAAAGGAAGCUGUGCAGACCAGUGCGGUGAAGAGCCCAACAGAGACAGCCAAGAACCCAAGCAAUCUGAAGAGCGAGGCUGCUUCAGGCAGCACCCCAAACCCCUCCCAGAAUGAGGACUUUAAAAUGGACGAAGGGACCUUCAAGACACCAGACAUUGAUCUUGCAAAGGAUGUUUUUGCAGCUCUUGGCACUGCCACUCCUGCCAGUGUGACUAGCGGGCAAGCUCGUGAGCUUGCUUCUUCCACUGCAGACAGCUCUGUACCUGCUGCACCUGCAAAGACCGAGAAAAUACCGGUAGAAGACAAAUCUGAAGUGCAAGCAACGGAAACUAAGACACCUCCAGCAGAAGUCAAGACGGUCCCCAAUGAAGCCACACAAACAAAUGAAAACGAGAGCAAAGCAUGAUCAGCGGUGGACGAAAGCAAAUGACAGAACAGCUUCACUCAAG